AAAUGUCAAGAUUUCACCCAUAUCACGAGGAAUUAUUACAACAAUGGAAAUCAAAACUCUCCGUCAGUGUAAAAUUGUUUUCGAAUCCCACGUUGGACGAGGUUUUUAAGGAUGAUCCAUAUAUUGAGAAUUGGUUGCAAGGAUUACAAGACAAGAAAGAACCUAUAAUAAAAAACGAAGAAUCUAUUAUCGCUCAACCAAUUUUCAUAUCCUCACAUUACAUAAUAAGCAAGAAAAAACGAAGAAAACGAAACAGUGAUCAAUACCAAGAUAUCUCUGAUCAUGUGAAACCUAACGGGAAUUUGUCAACGCACGAGGACUUAAAUAUUCCUGAUGGAUUGACGUUGGAAGGUGAAAGUGAGCAAACGCAUAUGCCUUCGGUCCAACCAGAAUCGUUAAAGGUUGUCCAAAAUGUGAGAUUGAAAUUUGAGAUGUGCGCUCAAACCGGGAAUCCAGAAAAAAUUACCGAAGCUUUGUCAGAGUUCAACAGUUUGAUGAAACUACCACACAUCCAGCUUCACGGGGUUUUUGAAGACUUGUGCUUAGCACAACUCGGCGAAGAAGUUUUAACGAUUUUAUGUAACGACGUCGUGAAACAUCAAGAUAUUGCGUAUCAGAAUUACGUGGUAUUCUUUAGAUAUGCGUUUUUGGAAAAGGUUCGACAGUUAACUUCAAAGCCUUCGCGUAAUUUUCUGUCGACAAUCAUAAAUACUGCAAAAGCAAAGAGCAAAUCGAUUGUAUACGGACU